AUGUAUAUUUGUAAAGGUUUUUAGUAACUGCGGUUCCAUUUCUUCUCUAAAAAACAUUUAAAUAUAAACAAUGUUUAAAAAUUUAAAUCCACACAUUGGGAGAGUGUGUGUGUAAAAGGGAUCUGCUGUGAAGAGCCUCAUUUUACGUCACUUCUGCCUUUAUAGUGUGGUGCUCUGUUGUCAUGCUCCGACAGCGCCCUCUGCUGUGGGACCUGUGUAAGGGCAGUCCAACAUGGAGGUGACGGCGGCUCGCCGCUCGUUUCUGUGCGACAUUGGUAUGUGGGCAGAUCGGACGGUGCUGCACGAGGCGGCGUCCCAGGGCAGAGCACUGCAGCUGAAGGAGCUGAUAGAGAGCGGAGCCUCGGUCAACACGGUGACAGUGGACAACAUCACUCCGCUGCACGAGGCCUGCAUCAAAGGUCACCAGAUAUGUGCCAGGAUGCUGCUGGAGGCAGGAGCACAGGUGGACGUUCGGACCGUCCACGGCAGCACCCCCCUCUGUCAUGCCUGUGCCUCGGGCAGCCUGGAGUGUGCUGAGCUGCUGCUGCAGCACGGUGCCACGGUGAACCCCUCCCUCACGGCUCUGACCGCCUCACCUCUCCACGAGGCCUGCAUACAGGGGAACGUCAGUCUGGUGAAGCUGAUGAUCAGCAGUGGUGCUAAACUGGAGGCUUACGACAUCUACUUCGGUCCGCCCCUCCACAUCGCCUGUGCCAAAGGACACACGGACUGUGUCAGAGUGCUGCUCAGAGCAGGUGCCAACGUGAACUCCGUCAAGUUCCACGAGACGGCGCUGCACCACGCGGCGCGCGUCCACGCCGAGGACUUGAUCAGGCUGCUGGUGGACUUUGGGGCAAACGUGUACGCCCGUGACAACAUGGGGAGCAAACCUGUGGACUACACCCAGGCGUCAUCCCCCUCCCACCACUGUCUCAGGUCCUACCAAAGUAAAAGACCGAGUCCGAGUCCAAAUGACAAACCAGAGGCUGUGUCGGGGUGUGACUCUGUCGUAGCUUCCUCUCCCUCUCUCUCUCUCUCUCUCUCUCCAGGUAACCCUCUGAGCCUGCAGCAGCUGUGCAGGAUCACUGUGAGGAGGUCGUUGGGCACCAGUGCCUCAGAGGUCAUCGGUCAAAUGGACAUUUCCCCUCGUAUUCGCAGCUACCUCCAACACUGUGACCGUUCCGUGUCACUGCAGAGGGAAACAUGAGUGGGAUUCAAAACGACUGCACAAGAAGCUGCUAUUUGAUUGGUUGCAAUGUUUUCAAUUGUUUAUAAUGGUUUGAUGAAGCUUGGACUGAUUUCACAUAAAAUAGGUUUAAACUGGGUUUUUAAAGUACAGGUUUUUCUUAUGUGAAUCAAAAAUACACUUUUUUUUCAACCCCAAAAAACCCACAUAAACAUUAUCACAAAGACAUGACAACAACAACAACAAAAACACACAUUGACAUUGUAAUGAUCAUUUGACUUUUUAAAUUUAAAAAUGAACUAAAUCUGUGUCAAUCUUCUAUGAAGACGACACAGAUUGAUCCAGGAAAAACAGGCCUUUACAAACUGUCAAACUCCGUCAUUUACGCUGUAAUAGUUUCGUUUUACUGAAGAAAAAAUGAUGUAUUUUCUGGCUGCUCAUCUGUGGUGGCGGUAUCUGAGGGCUUUUAUUCUGAAGGGAAAGUCAGUUCCGUUUCCGACUGCUUUGUGCUGCUGAGUUUCAGCACUACGAAUGAGGGCAGUUCACGUUCCGCUGCAGACAUAAACUACAUUUUGGCGGUUUGUUUUGUCGUUUCCGCUUUGCCCGGACUUCCCCGGACACGACCCCCGCAUUUUUCCUCGUUUCGCGCCUUCCCCGUUGUUUGGGCGCCCCCUGUGGGAGGUUUGCCUCAAACUUUGAAACCCGCUGUUCAAAACAUUUAAAACGUUAGUCAGAUUGAUAAACAAAUGUGAUUCUUGGUUGUGGCAUUUCCUCUCUUUUCUCGCCGUUUGUUUAUAUGAAGUUAAGUUUUAAUGGUAGGAAUUUGGAAACAGGAAAUUACCCUUAUAUUUUUUUAUAAACAAUAAAAGGGGCACAGACAAAA